AUGGACGGAGUUGAGGAGGAGUUUUUCCAUCAAUUGCUAGACAGUCUCCCUGGCCCAUCUUCAUCAGCUCGUUCAAUCCGAAACGCACCGCAUGAUGCGUUUGCAGAUGGAUUGAGUCAGCAGCUGCCGUCGUUGACAAAGGCAUGUUCUGAAAAAGAUGUGCCUGUCCUGAACCAGCAGUCGCACCGCGCAAUGCUAGCGACGCGAGCAUAUUCUCGCGCACGCGUCGUGAAGGUUUAUGCCAAUGAAUAUUCGGGUAUCCGCGGCAUUCAAAUCGAAAAAAUACUGGAGCUAGACAUCACGCAUGGUUUGAUACCGUCGACCAAAUGCACUUCCCCUCUGAGCCAAAGCAUGUACUUCCAGCCGGAAUUGCAUCAUUUUCCGGCCGUGCAUGGAUAUGCGCGACUUCGUGAUCAAUGGGAAUCUACGUUUGUUAAGCCAGAUGAUACAGUCCAUUUGAUAGGCGAAUGGGAUUCCGAAGACGGUGUGCCAUGUAUGAUCCUCUCGACAUUUUCGCACUCUUCGACAAAAGAAAGUGUGCGCUUGCUUGUUGUUCAUCCAGAUGUUAUUAUAUCGUCCUCUCGACUCGCCAGCGUGGCAUCAUGCAUGCGAAAAUCGAUGCUGCAAGAACGAAUUCGAUCACCGACCGAAUCGACAUAUGUUGCUGUCUUGGGUACGAUGGUGCACUCGUUGCUGCAAGCAUGCUUGACUGGAAGCAUAGAUCCCAUGCACGAGAGCCCGGCGCCUUCGCCGGAAGUGUCAGCACCGGCCAAAUGGGAUCGUAUAGGCAAUUUCUCAUGCGCAUUUAUAACAGCCGAGAUCGAGCGACAGCUUGAAGAGGCUCAGCAGGCUCUGGUGUUAGUCGACACGAAGACAGACACGGCAAGGAGGGAUCUUAUUGCUGCCGUUCCGUCCCUUGUACGCUUUGCCGAGACUUUUCUAUCCUUUCGCGAUGACUCCAGGCGCAAGGCUAUGGCUCAGAUCCAUGACACUCGCAUGAAUGCGCAUAUCCGAAUGUGCAUUACACGCAUCAUUGGGACUGAAUCGGAUAUUCUUUGUCCGAUGUAUGGCCUGAAGGGACGCUUAGACCUGUGUCUGGAAGCAGAGAUCGAAACGUCGGCCGGUGGUAGGAAAUGCAUCCUGCCAAUGGAAGUCAAGACGGGUCGUAUUACUUCAAGCAUGGAACACACUGCGCAAACGAGCCUUUAUACGAUGAUUCUAGCCGACGCGUAUGGUGUGAGCGUCGACUAUGGACUACUUUUUUACGUCCAAAAUAGUGAAAUACGACCCGUUCACUGCAACACAAAAGAAGUCCGAAGCUUGAUCAUGGCGCGCAAUGAAAUGGCUUCGUUUAAAGUCCAGCUUGCGCUCCUUCCUUCUCCAACAGAAGGUACCAUCGACAUUUUACCCCAACAAAGCGUAGACCCUGCUCAUGUGUCUGCACCUUCCGAACCGGCUGAGGUGCCCACACCUGCUUCUGAAGACAGCUUUGAAUUCGAUCUCACAGAAGCUGAUCUAGAAGACUUAGCGUGUGAUGUAAGCCCGCGAUUUCUUCCAGCGACGAUCGACAAUAAGUACAAGUGCCAGCGGUGUUAUUCUCGCGACUCGUGCAUGUUGUAUCGACGCGCUGUCGAACAUGUCUCGGACACAGAGUCGCCCAUUGCAGACUUGUAUGCCGACUCGACGGAUCACUUGACACCUGAGGACAUGGCCUUUUUUGCGCACUGGGAUGCGUUGCUUUCGCAUGAAGAGCGUGGGCUUCUGCGUUUUCAGCACGAACUUUGGACGAUGCCUGCCGACGCCCGUGCUGCCACGGGACGGUGUGUGCCGAAUCUAAUGAUGAUACGAAAGAUGGAUGGCUUGUGUGCAUUUUCCAUUCCGGCCUCGAAAGUCGCUUUCAUGCCUGAAGAUGUUGUUUGUAUUGCCGUGCAGACGCCGGUAACAGCGUUUCUUCUCCGUGGACGUGUUGUGGCAUCCACGACACAGUUCCACGUGCGACCUGAGUCUUCGCUGGAUCUGGCGCUUACUCAGUACGAGUCUCAGUACGGCAAGCCGCAAACAUUUCGUGUAGACUUGGAUGAUAUCAUGUCUGUCAUGGGCGUGCCACGCUAUAAUCUUGCGUGUCUGUUCUACAAGCAGGUGACGCCGCAAAUCACCAUGCUUCGCCGCCGUGUUGUCCAUCUGGAUACGCCGCAAUGGACAUGCAUUAACGACAAGAUGGCUGCUUUUGUCCAGCGCCAUGCAGCCAGUUGCAAUGCAGAUCAGCGCCACGCAAUAGAGCGUGCUUUGUGUGCGCGCGAUUAUACGUUGAUCUUGGGCAUGCCAGGCACAGGCAAGUCAACGACGAUUGCGGUGCUUGUGAGAAUUCUUGCCGACAUGGGCCAGUGUGUCUUGCUCUGCAGCCACACGCACUCGGCCGUCGACACGAUCGUGAGCAAGCUGCUAGAUAUACCCGUACUCCGCUUAGGACCCCUCUCACGCAUUCACCCACGUGUCCAUGCCUGCGCUUUGGCGACCAAGCUGGGACCCCAAGCCAGUGCCGAGGCUUUGGUCGACCUUGUGCAAGAUGCACAGAUCGUCGCGGCUACGUGCCUAGCGACAAACGAUGCAGCACUAGCACGACGUACAUUUGACGUGUGCAUUAUGGACGAAGCUAGUCAAAUUACCGUACCGACAUGCUUGGGUCCUUUAAGACUAGCAGACAGGUUCGUCAUGAUCGGCGAUCACCACCAGUUGACGCCCGUAGUGCGAAAUACGGAUGCAGCCUCGCACGGCAUGAGCGUGAGUUUGUUUCAGCGGCUGUGUAAAGCGCAUCCUGACUCAGUGGCUAUGCUGUGUAUGCAAUACCGUAUGAAUGCUGAGAUCAUGGCGCUAAGCAAUGCGCUCGUGUAUGAGGGGCGGUUGAGUUGUGGCAGUGAAGACGUUGCGUGUGCUCGACUAAUUAUUCCCAGCUGCGAUCAAAAAAAAGACUGCGCCACGGACAAUGAAGCGGGCAUUGCAGCCAUGUUGGAAGCAAUCAUCGAUCCCUCUCGACCAUGUGUGUUUGUCGACACAGACCCUGUACAUGCUGAGGAGUCUCGGACUGAUACACUGGUAGAAAAUGAGGCGGAAGCAGCGUGGGUGGCGCGCAUAAUUGAGGCACUUCGGCAGGCCGGUGUGCAAGGGACAGAUGUCGGUGUUCUGACGCCAUACCGACAGCAGAGCAAACGCCUUCGAGAUGCAUGCGCUAGCACGGAAGUAUUGACAAUUGACCAGGCGCAAGGGCGCGACUGGCCUGUAGUGCUUGUGUCGCUCGUGCGAUCAAAUACAGCACAUGUGGCCGGUGAAUUGCUGCGCGACCGGCGGCGUGUGAAUGUGAUGGUAACUCGCGCAAAGACAAAGCUUAUUUUGGUCGGUAGUCAGUCGACUAUGGCGGCGGAUCACGCAUCGCAUUCGCCCAUGCGAGAACUGGUUCGAUUGCUGGACGAGAAGCAAGUGAUUGUCUCCUUGCACAAGGAAGCGCAUAAGAGCAUCGAUAUCCCAAGCCGAAUGUCGCCACGCCGGCAACGGCCGGUGAAAAAAGCUCGAGGAGUGCUAGUUCGUCGACCUGUGCUUACAGAGGUGCUCCAUGAACACGGCCUGACAGAUGAAUAG